GAUGAAGAUCGUGUUCAGAUGGAUAUGGCAAAUCAAUUCAUUGUUGAACUCGACUUGAAACGUUCCAUGUUGUACACAAUGCAUCGUUUCUUGAAGAAUCUCCUCUCAGAAUGCUCUUUCGAUCUGUUAUUCAGGCCCGAGCGUGUUGAGCCAAAAUGGAUUGAAUUUGAUCGUGAUCACAGACGUCAAACAUGGCUUGAUUCGUUUUCAGUUGAUGGCGAUUUAUUGAUGUUCACAGAAUCGCUGAGAGAGCAAAACGCAAUAACAUCAAAUAUAUACGCAACGAAUAUGCAACAACCAAAGAGUACUGUACAUAUCCUCAUCGUUAAUUUUGCUACUGAUCUCAUUCUUCUCAAAAAGUCAACCAUUGUUGAACUGACUGCGAGAAAUGUCUCGACGUUUGAUAAAUUGCUGUUUCAAAAGGCAUCUCAAAAAGCAUCGGCACGAGAAUCGUCAACAAAACGACCGCAAUAUGCGACAAAGAACACAAUUUGGACAUACAAACCGUAUUUGGGAGCUUAUCCGUCGAUAGCAAAGCAACAAUCUACAACAACAACAGCUCCUCAUCAGAAAACACCAGCUAAAACCAGACAACCGUCGACGGCAACUGGAACUCGAGAUUGGCUGGAUGCAACAACAACAACAACAACAACUUCUCCACCUGGAGAUGUUGAAAGGAAACCACUCACCGAUGAGGUUUCCUAUAGACGUCCGUCAGGUACACAACCCUCGAUAACAGCCUCAUUCACAAGGAAUACGCCAAGAUAUUCAUCAACACGAAACAUUCCAAAGGAGAAUGAUCAUGAAGAAAGUGGACGAAGUGGAGCAGAAAUGGGUUCAAUAACAAUUGAUGAAAUAGACGAGGAUCAAGCAAGAAGCAUCCCUUCAAAUGGAGAUAAAGCAUUGCAAGGAAAGGAUUUCGAAAGUGUUGAGAGACCGUCGAACGCAGAUUUCGAUGCGAAUAACGACAAUGAUAAAUCUGAAUCACGUACACCAAAAGACCGACAUUCACUGAUGGAGGAUCAGUAUUCGGCAAAUGAUAAACCGAAAGAUAAGUGGAAUGAUCUUGACAAUACUGAUGUUGAUCACUACAAUGAUGGUGAAGAUGAGCUAGAGGACGGUAUAUACGGCAUCAGUGACGAUUUCUCGAAUGAAAGUGGUCCGAGACCCCGUCCAACAAAACAUCCGCGUCAGAAUACCGGUGAACCACAAUCGCCUCCUCAAAACGAAACACUCAAAAGUGUUGCUGCUAAACAUUACUCGCAUAUUGUCAGUUUUGACAAUCAAAUUUUCAGAAUUUUCCUUUUAUUCUUCGUUUCACUGCAAAUGAUGCAUUACUGA